AUGAUAUCUACGCAACAAUUUUGUGAGCUUCUGAAAUUAUGUUGCGGACACGUCGGAAAUUUUAUUUAUGACUCAUCUUCUGCUUUACAGUUUGUGAUUGUCUCUUUAUCGGGCUGGGGUUUGCUUUUCUUUGGGGGAUACAAGUUUUUCACUGGUGGCAAGAAGAACACGGAAGAGAUCACACUUUGCCUGGACAGAUGCUGGGAGAAGGCAGCAUGCCCAUUGAGAGAGAGAUCUGGCAAGCAGUAUUCUUUUAAAUCAGUAGAUCACACUUUGCCUGGACAGAUGCUGGGAGAAGGCAGCAUGCCCAUUGAGAGAGAGAUCUGGCAAGCAUUCGCUUUUUGCAAAUCUCCUUGUUCUGCAAAGUCACACGCUGUCAACUGGUGA